UGUUGUGACUUUUGAUACAACAUAUAAGAGCAACCUAUACGAGAUGCCUGUAGGCAUGUUCAUCGGCGUAAACAAUCAUUAUCAAUGUUGUGUUUUUGGCUGUGUUGUGCUUCGUGAAGAAACUGUAGAAUCUUUCGAGUGGGCAUACGAAACUUUCUUAUCUUCAGUGGACAACAAAGUACCCAAGACGUUCUUGACAGACCAAAGCAGGCAGAUGGAGCUUGCAAUUGCUUCAGUCAUGCCAACCACUAUCCACAGAUGGUGCAAAUGGCACGUUUUCAAAAAGAUGAAGGAAAAAGUGGGCAACGUAUACAGAAAGGGUUCUGCAUUCCGCAUAGAGUUUGACAUGCUCAUCAAUGAGAUGAUGACCGUGGAUGAGUUUGAAAAAGAGUGGGAUGUAUUAAUGUAUACAUAUGGUCUCGACAGAAACUCAUUCAUGAAGCAAGUUUAUGAGGUUAGGGUAAAGUGGGCGAAACCAUACCUGAAGGACAACUUCUGCGCAAAGAUGUGCAGCACUCAAAGAAGCGAGUGCAUGAACAAUGUUUUAAAAAGCUAUGUCGCAAGAUCAGCACCUCUCAACAGUUUCGUCAUCCAAUUCAAUAAAAUACAAGGCUAUCUUUAUUUGUUUUAG